CCGCUCGUUUUCAUGGUGAAUGAUACAGUUUGCGUUGCACUUUGUGUUCCGUAAUGUCUGUCACGCCUAAAUUUGCGUACGUAGUGUAUAAAGACGGAGGAAAGGCAAUAGUAUCUACAACACUGAUUAAGAAGUAUGCACCGUCGGACGUAAACGACCUCGCCAAGAACAAGUUCAUUUAUUGGGAAACUGCCGACGGCGAUGAAAGUACCGAGAACUACUAUCCUGGAGACGUAGUACUCCUUGGAGUGAGCAAGAAUGACUUGGUUCAGCGGAUGACAAAAAAGAAAAUUCCAGUCCCUGACAAUGUGUUCGAAGAUGAAAAAGAAGCAGCGCAGGUUCAGAAAGCUGACAAAGAGGUUAUACAGUUUAACAUAUCGCAAAUUGAAAAUGGCCUUUUAGGCAGCUUGCACUUUCGCAGAAAGAAAAAAAAAAAACGUGCGGCAGCCACUCGGAAAAGGAAAAUGACUGACCUGUUUAGCGGGGAGGAGGAGAGCUCAGGAGAUGAGCUUGUUGAAAGACGAAAGCUUCGUGAGGAAAGAGAACGGAAUAAGGAGCUUCGGAAGAAAGUUCGUCACGUGCAGGCAAAACUUGAUGCAAUAGAAGCAAGGUAUGAAAGGCUUGAGGCCCGUAAUGAAAAGUUGCAGGAUCUCCUGGAGAUCAGACUCGAGGCGUGGUUCUGCAGCAGUGUGCAACGUGAUUCAUCCUCUACCAGCAGCCCUCGCUUCAACGACAGCGGUACCAGCACUGUUACCAGAGUGGUGAACAGAGAGAGUACCUGGAAAUUUCCACCCAGGCAGACAGAUUUCGUUACCGGUGAUAUUUUUUCCGUGACUGAAGUGGUGGACACGUCGUCUGUGCCCUGCUCCCAGAAUGAAGGAGCUGGUUUUGAUGACUGCGCAGAGGUGGUCAUACAAUCGCAAGUUCCUGCAUCACAACUUCCCGUUUGUUCUCAGCUUCCAGAAGUGGCCUCUACUGACUACAAUGAUUUAGGCUUUAAAGUCGUGGCAGCCAGCACAGCUGCAUCACAGAUUGUACCAUCUUGUAGCCAGGCUUCGACGAAUAGCGCAAGUGACUUGCCGCUGCUGUCUGAAGUGGACGGACAGGUUCACCUUGGCAAAGGAAUUUUUGUCACCAAUGAGCAGUGGGAGUGGCUCCUAGCACGCAGAAGAGAUUCACUUUUCUGCAAAGAGGCAGUGAAAAUGCUUUGGCCAAUUUCUGAACUGAGGAACAGAAGCAUCACAGGAGCUCCUUGUCGUCGCCUAAAGCAGAGUGGAGCACAGGGCAGAAAGGCGUUGACGCCUGUAAAGCUUGAAGCUGUUGCAAGUAUGACUGUUUUUCUUUCAUAGCAUAUAGAUUUGUUGAGUGUUCUCGGUGGUAUUUCACAAAUGGGCAAUUCCCUCCUGUAUACCA